AUGCUUAUGCGUGAUGCCUUUCGAAAUGCUAGACGUUGGUUGACCAGCGCCAGGGAUGAGCAGCCUACCGUUGAUUAUAUUCCGCUUGCAAACACAGAACCUGUGACGCAUACCACCACUAUUGGUCCAACGAUUGAAGCAGAACCGUUUUAUCGUCGUAGAAGUGCGGGAGAACAUGAAGUAAAAGAUGACUUAGAAGACACUUCGUCAAUCGAGUAUCCCAGCCAGGAAGACAACGAGACUUUACGAAAGAUCUCGGAUGACAUACCAUUGUCGGCAUUUAUCGUCGUUAUUGUCGAGUUGUGCGAACGAAUGGCAUUCUACGGUCUGGCUGGCGUCUUCCAAAAUUAUCUCCAGAACCCUCUUCCUCCAGGAGGGAAAGGUACAGGCGCUCCAGCCUCCGUUAACGAUCCAGCUCCCGCAGGCGCUCUAAAUCUUGGACAAUCAGCAGCUUCCGGACUUCAACAAACAUUUACCACUUUCGCGUACAUCUUUCCUCUAUUUGGUGCUAUAAUAGCGGAUACAAAAUGGGGACGAUAUAAAACUAUCACAGUCUUCUGUGUAAUAUACUUCCUUGGCCUAUUGACAAUUACAAUUACGUCUUUUCCUUCUUCUCUGAAAGCCGGCUUGGGAUUGCCAGGAUGGCUCGUCGGUGCAUUUAUACUCGCUUUAGGUACAGGAGGCAUUAAGGCGAACAUCUCACCAUUAGUUGCUGAUCAAUAUCGAAGAACCAGCUCAUUUUUACGCAUAACAGAUUCAGGGGAACGCGUCGUUGUCGACCCGACGGUAACAAUUUCGCGGAUGUACAAUCUUUUCUAUUGGUGUAUAAAUGUCGGUUCACUGUUCUCCAUUGUCACUACGCAGCUGGAGAGGCGCGUCGGUUUUUGGGCCGCAUUCGCGUUGCCGACCUGCAUUUUCCUGAUUACGCCAUGUGUACUUGCAUCAGGAUCCAGGCUUUAUUACAAAGUACCGCCGCAAGGCAGUGUACUGCUGGACGUCUUUAGAGUGGUUAGAAUAGCACUUAGAGGGUUUCUAUCGGGUCCGUCCAGAUUACUCCGGCGGUCAAGAAACUUUAGUGUCUGGGACAAGGCAAAACCAAGCUUCCUGGCUUCCGAGGAUGCAGAUAUUGAUAAGGCACAUCCGAUAUUGAUUACAUGGGACGAUGCCUUUGUCGACGAAGUGAAGAGCACUGCGACUGCAUGCCAAAUAGCACUCUUUUUACCGCUGUUCUGGAUCUCGUAUAACCAACUUGCAACGAAUCUGAUCUCGAUGGGUGCGACGAUGACAAUGCAGGGAACUCCGAACGAUCUUCUAGGGAAUUUUAAUCCCCUUGCGCUUAUCAUUCUUAUCCCUUUCAUGGACAUCGCUGUAUAUCCCAGCUUACGCAGAGCUGGCAUUGUACUGCAGCCAAUUUUUAGAAUCUGGCUUGGGUUCAUGUUUGCUUCACUCGCUAUGGUUUAUAGUGCCAUUCUUCAAUACAGGAUUUAUCACACGAAUCCAUGUGGAGAGUUCGUAGGCUCCUGUGCUCAACCAAGUACUAUCAGCAUCUGGAUGCAAGUUCUCAUCGCUAUUGCGGAAAUAUUUGCUUCGAUUACUUCUCUCGAAUACGCCUACAACAUGGCCCCAAAGAGGAUGAAGUCCGUCGUGAUGAGCGUCUUUUUGUUGACGUCCGCCGUUGGAAGUAUGAUUAAUGCUUUACUUGCGCCUUUCGUACAUGAUCCGAAUCUUGUCAAGAAUUAUGCUGGAAUCGCGCUGGUUACAUUUUUUGCCGGCAACAUCUUUUAUCUCAUCUUCAGACAUCGUGACUCGAGUGAGACAGAUAAAUCGGAUGAGGCAACUCUGAAUAACAGACCAAGCGAAGAUUUAGAUCGCGAAUGA